AUAGAAAUAUAUUCAAGAUGAGAUCUAGUUUGUCUCUGGCCCUGCUGCUCGGUCUGGCUUUAAGCCAAGUUGGUGCUAGUUGUCCGGAAAGCUGUCCCGAUACCGAGAAUGUCGUGUGGGCUCUUGGAGGCGGAUGCAAUGUUUUCCGCAAUAAAUGCUACUUCAACAAGACGAACUGUCAACCAGGCUAUGAUUUGACCAUCACCACAAAAGAGGAGUGCCAAAAACAAUGCGCUGAUGCUUGUCCUGCAGUUUAUCAGCCCACAGGCGGAAUCUAUAAGGGUGAGCUGCGAAACUUUAGCAAUGAGUGCGAAAAGAUUGUUCACACCUGUCGGACUGGCGAAACUUUUUUGUAGAGCCCUUUGCUUAUGUACUGAAAGUCCUUAACUAAGAAUUGAAAUACAUAGGUCUUUGUUCCAUAAAUAAAGCUUUUAUCUUUAUGUAAA